CGUAGAACGUUCAGCGGUUCAAAGAGGAAGGAAGAUGGCGGACAACAAAGACGAGGGGGAUAUGGAAAGCUCUGCCAAAUUGGAUGCAGCACCUCAGGAACAGGAAAAUGGGGAACCAGAAUCUAAAGAUUCAAAUGCGGUUAUUGUUAUUGAGCCAAAUUUGACGGAAGAAGAAUCUUCGCAGUCUCAAGAAAAUGCUUCUCAGGCGCCGACACCCACCAGUGGAGGAGGGGACGCCAGCGGCAGCUCUGGCGCAGGGGAGGAAGCCAGCACGAGCACCAGCCCGGUUGAAAACACUAACGUCGAAACUACCGAGUCCUCGGCGUCUGGGGAGACUGCAGGAACUGCUGUCACAACCGACAUGUCUCCCCCUCCUACAGUUCCAGCUGCAAAUCCAGCGCCUGUCCCAAUAAACCUUUUGGAUACAUGCGCCGUGUGUAAACAAAGUCUUCAGAACAGAGACUGUGAACCUAAACUCUUACCUUGCCUCCACUCAUUCUGCUUGAAAUGUAUACCCGAGCCAGAUCGGCAAAUAACUGUGCAGGUGCCUGGGCCACAUGGACAGCCUGAUACCCAUAUAGUGAAUGUGAUGCGAUGUGCAGUGUGUCACCAAGACUACAAACAAAGUGACAUAAUCGACAACUACUUUGUCAAGGAUACCACUGAGGCUUCCAGCACAUCAGAUGAAAAAUCAGCGCAGGUGUGCACCAGCUGCGAAGACAACGCAGGAACCAUUGGAUUCUGCGUGGAAUGUGGCGAGUGGCUAUGCAAGACCUGUGUGGAGGCACAUCAGAGAGUCAAAAUCACAAAGGAUCACAAAAUCCGUACUAAAGAGGACGCGAGCGAUGAGACUAUGGGCUCGUCAGGAACGAGGCGUGUGUUCUGUCCGGUGCACAAACAAGAGCCUCUUAAGCUGUUCUGUGAGACCUGUGACACGCUCACCUGCCGGGACUGUCAGCUGCUGGAGCACAAGGAGCACAGGUAUCAGUUCCUGGAGGAGGCCUUUCAGAACCAGAAAGGAGUCAUUGAGACCCACAUGGCCAAACUGCAGGAAAAGAAGAACUACGUCCAUUUCUCGGUGUCUCAGGUGCAGAGCAGGAUAAAGGAAAUGAAUGACACUCAUAAGAAGGUGGAGCAUGAAAUCAAGAUAGCGGUGUUUACCCUUAUCAACGAAAUCAACAAGAAGGGCAAGUCUUUACUGCAGCAGCUGGAGGGAGUGACCAAGGAGCGCAGCAUCAAGCUGCUGUCGCAGCAGAGAGACACCACCCUCCUGGCCCAGCAGAUCCUCCAUGUUCUCAACUUCAGCCACUGGGCCAUUAACAACGGCAGCAGCACGGCCCUGCUCUACAGCAAGAGGCUGAUUAUGUUCCAGCUGCGCUACAUCCUGAAGGCCAGACUGGACCCGGUUCCUCAGGCCAACGGGGCUGUGCGCUUCUUCUGUGAUCCCACCUUCUGGGCCAAGAACGUGGUCAACCUAGUAGGUAACCUGGUGUAUGAGAAGACUCCCCAGGCUGUCCACCCGCCCAACGUGAUGGUGGGAGGACCGGUGUCUCCAGGCCACGGCCACCCCGGCAAGCACCCCGGCCAGAUCAACCUGGCCCAGCUCAGGCUACAGCACAUGCAGCAGCAGGCUUUCGCCCAGCAACAGCAGAAACAACACCAACAGCAGCAGCAACAGCAGCAGCAACACCAACAGCAACAGCAACACCAACAGCAGCAGCAGCAGAUCCAACAGCAGAUGCGCAUCGCCUCCCAGUUGCAGCACCCCAGACAGGCUGGCCCUUCGCAGAUGAUGCAACAGCAGCCUCCCAGACUCAUCAGUAUGCAGAGCCACCAGAGGGGAGCGCCUGGGGGGAUGAACGGCUCCCCUCACAUGUACCCCUCCUCCCACCACAUGCGUCUGCCCCAACCCCAGCCUCAGGGCCGCAUGCCCACGGCCCCCCCCCAGCCCCGGCUCCACAACGGCCAGCAGUACUCUCCCAUGAUGCAGCCCCAGCUGCAGAGACAGAUGUCUGUAGAUUCUGAGAUGAACCACCAAAGGUUCCGUUUCUUACUUCAAUCAGGGCAUUCCAACCCGGGUCAUGCGGGGCCCUUCCCGGUGGCGUCCCUCCACAACGCCAACCCCACCAGCCCCACCAGUGCCAGCAUGGCGAGCGCCCACGCCCACAGGGGCCCCGCCAGCCCCAUUGUGGGGGCCAUCGAGCUCAUCCCCUCGGUUACCAACCCAGAGAAUUUGCCCUGUCUACCGGACAUCCCACCCAUUCAGCUGGAGGAUGCUGGUUCCAGCAGCCUAGACCACCUCCUGACCAGAUAUCUCUCUGCCAGCAAAAACCCUCUGUAUGGAGCUCCCAUGGAGAUGAACCCCUCUCCUGUGCCCACCACCCACUCACCUGGCUCCUCAGGGUUAUCAAACUCCCACACGCCAGUUCGACCCUCCAGUUCGUCCAGCACAGGCAGCAGAGGGAGCUGUAGCUCAGCAGGGAGGCCUGGGCCCAUGAGCGCGCCGGUGGAGCAGGUGAGAGUGAAACUAGAGCCGGGAUUAGAGGACGAGUGCAGCCUCUCAGGAGCCACUUCUAAUGUCAAGACGGAACGAGGAAAGGAAGGGAGGAGCGCGUGCAUGAUGAGUAGCCCGGAGAGCAGCCCUCUCCCAGCGCAGAGCUCCAUGUCCACCGGAAAUUCAUCCAGCGGCUCCGUCCAGACCAUGGUCAAGAUCGAGCCCAAGGAACCCUCUGACAGCCCCAGCACCGCCCCCUCGGCGCCCGCUCAGAAAGACGACAGCACGACAGCAGAGCCGCCUCUCACCAACGGCACCGCCGCCCCCGCCACCUCCAAAGGCGGCGAGGGCGGAGCCACGGAGAUGGAGACCAAUCAGAGUGGGGCGGCGGAAGGGAAGGAGGACGACCCCAACGAGGACUGGUGCGCGGUGUGCAACAACGGAGGUGACCUGCUGUGCUGUGACAACUGUCCCAAAGUGUUCCACACCACCUGCCAUAUCCCCACGCUCAAGUCCCUCCCCAGCGGAGACUGGAUGUGUACGUUCUGCCGGAACCUGUCCAGCCCGGAGAUGGAGUACAACUGUGACGAUGAGAAGCAGAGCAAGAAGGGCAAGACUGAGCCGGGGAUGAGUCCAGAGGACCAGCGGAAAUGUGAGCGCCUCCUGCUUCAUGUCUUCUGCAAUCAGCUGAGCUUGGAGUUUCAGGAGCCCGUGGCGUCAGCUGUCCCCAACUACUACAAGAUCAUCAAGAGACCCAUGGACCUGAAACUGGUGAAGAAGAAGCUUCAGAUGAAGCACUCCCAGCACUACCAGAGCCCCCGGGAGCUGGUGGCGGACGUGCGUCUGGUCUUCAGCAACUGUGCCAAGUACAACGAGAUGUCUCGAAUAAUCCAAGUUUAUGAUGAGGAGAAACAGAUUAAUGUGCAGGCAGACUCGGAGAUUGCGGAGGUCGGCAAAACCAUGAGCGUGUAUUUCGAGGAGAAGCUGCAGGAGCUCUACCCCGACCAGACGUUCCCGGCGGAGGCAGAGGAGGAAGUCAAGGCCGCAGAGGAGGACGACCUCACGGAAGACUCCGAAGACGAGUUUGUGGAGCCGCGACGCAAGCGGUUAAAAACGCACGAGAAGGCUCUGCACAUCAAGUGAGAUCAGACCGCGUUCCACGAGGAACAAAGUGUCUUCCCUCACCUCCUACGCUUGACUUUUUCCCCUUCCCUCUGUGUGUGAGGUUCAAAAGGUCAAAGGGUGAUCUAUUGUACAGACUGGUAUAUUUUAUGUUUUGCUUUUGGAAGAGUUAUAUUGUAAAAUAGAUUUGAUGCGUGUCUUCGUUGUCCGGUAAAUUGGACUUUGAAGACAUGCUUGUGCUUUUCUCUCUGUGGCGAUGUGGAUGCUUAGAAAAACGCUUGUACAGAUUUCAAAGUUUGUUUUGUUUUGCUGUAGUUAAAUUAAUGACUGGUUAUUUCUUUUUCUAUUAUUUUCCAUCUAUGAUCAUGUUUGUAAAUCUAUUGUGAAACAUUCUUUAUAAAACAUCUUAAACUCCC